AUGUCGGCCACGACAGUUGAGGAAUGGUUAAGAUCGGAUCGAGCAGAUGAGCCACCGCACCGAUGCAGGAAGAUUGUUAAAGAAUGGGCGACGGAGGAUGGCGCAUUUGUUACGUGCCGUGCUGAUGAUGGAACACAACAGACACAUAAAUUAGUAGCCAUGUCUUCACUAUCACGUCGUGCUUGCUACAAGUGCGGAAACGUUGGUCAUUAUGCUGAAGUGUGCGCUUCUGCUGAACGCCUUUGCUACAAUUGCAAGCAACCUGGACACGAAUCGAAUGGUUGCCCAUUGCCAAGAACUACCGAGGCUAAGCAGUGUUACCACUGCCAAGGUUUAGGACACGUUCAAGCCGACUGCCCAACUUUACGCAUUAGCGGAGCUGGAACCACUGGUAGAUGCUACAACUGUGGUAUGCCCGGACAUUUGGCUAGAUCUUGCCCAAAUCCCGCUGGUGGAAUGCCCGGCGGAAUGCAAGGUGGGAUGCAAGGCGGUAUGCAAGGUGGAAUGCAAAUGCAAGGUCCUCCUCGCGGACUUGGUGCUCCUCGUGGAGGAUUUGGUGGUGGUGGAUUUGCCCCUCGCGGUGGAUUCGCUGGUGGACCUCGUCCAGCUACUUGCUACAAGUGUGGUGGCCCAAAUCACUUUGCCCGUGAUUGCCAGGCUCAAGCCAUGAAAUGCUAUGCAUGCGGAAGAACUGGUCACAGUUCCCGUGAAUGCACUAGCCCCAACGGCGGUGUUAACAAGGCUGGAAAGACCUGUUACACAUGCGGAACUGAGGGUCAUAUUGCCCGUGACUGCCCAUCAAAAGGUCUCAAUGGUGACCUUGCUGGAGAAGGCGGUGCUGGCAUAGUUAACCCUAUGGAAGGUGCUCCAAUUGCCCCUGUUGCGGCACCCAUUGCAUAG